GGGGUGGUUGAUCGACCGUACCCACCGACGCUUUUCUACUCGUCCUGCCGCCGAGCCCCGACCCGCUCAUUCCACCCCGAGCCGGCGGACCCGCUAGGACGUGCUCGUUCUCCACCGUCGUGCCGCUAGCCUCGAAGAAGAGCACCCACCACCUCGUUGAAAAGGAAAACGAAGGGACGAGUAGUACAUCCGCACAUCGAGAGCGAGAGGAGCGUGAACGUGACGGUGAACGACGGCUGCGACUAGCAAGAUGACGCAGAUGAACUGGGCGUGGUUGCUGUUGCUGUUCUCGCUGGUCUCGGUAAGCAUGUCUUUGCCUACGAGCCUGAUGGAGGAUGCGAAGAAAGCGGAUCAAGCCAUGAAGCCGAAAUCAAAACGAGCACAAGAGAUGCUGAUGUUCGGCAAUCAACAGAACCGGCAGACAAACGGCGCUGGUGAUUCCCUCACAUCGAACGCGGAGAAACGAACCCUCGCUUCCUCGGGGGGGUUGGGAGGCUUAAAAGCGGCCCUUGCCGAGGACGAUAAACCAUCCCAGGCUAAACAACCCAGCAAUUCCAUAUACGAGCAUGAGGCUUACUCGCCGUACGACAGGAAUUACGAUUACGGCAAGGUCUUGGUGAACGAGGUCGAAGAGGACGGUCCGCGUGUAUGGGACGUGCUACCGCCGUACUCUCGUUAUUAUACGAGCGAAGAUCGUCGCAAGAGAUCGGACAAGUUCACGGCGACAGUGCGACCGACCACUACGUUGCAGCCUCCGAGCAGCUCGUUUCAGACACCAACUCCUACCCAGCAACCGGUGCAAGCUCAAGUUAAGAGGAGUGUCCCCUUCUAUCAGGAACCGCGAUACAAGCGGGAACUGCCGUUGGACAUUGAUCCUGACGACGUGCUGACUCUUCUAUCGCUGUGGGAAAACGAGCGACGCAAUGGAAACUGGCGCAAAUACGCUAACGAGGAAUACGAGAACAUGGUGGACGACGGCGGUCUGCUCGAAGAGGAAGACGCUAGGAGCGUUCUCCCGUGGAUGGACGCACCGAUUUAUCCGUCGCGGCAUUACGCCGCCGAUACCCUGUCACCCUCCGACAUUGGAAUUGUACGGACCCACCCACCUAGCUAUUACGAGCAGUACGGUAACCAAUUGGAGCAACAAUACGGGGGGGGUACGACUCAGUACGGCGCUCCGCAGUACAGCAGUUCGCAGUACGGCGAUACGCAGUACGGCUUCCUCAAUCUUUAUCCUCAACGUACUUAUUAUCCUCAGGAGAAAAGGUCAAUGAUGUCUAAAAAGCGCGCGCAGAACUAUGAUCCCUACUCAGCCGCUCAGCUGCAGCUAGGCUCCCAACCACGAAGUUACCAGUAUCCUCACCGCGUGGUUUAUUAGACGAUUCACGACGCGCGGAGCGGACGUCCGGAGAGGAUAGCAGGGAAGAAACGGGAAAUUUGUCGCUGACGAAGAUUCUACAGGAAAGGAGAGAUAACCAGUCGACGACGGAAGCCAUUCGGCGUUUUCUUUCGUCGCUCCUCUUUAGCUAUUAUCCCUUUCUUGUAGAAGAAUGGAAAAAGAAAGCAGAAACGGUGCUCGCGGACGCGCGCAACGCAACGAGCGAGCGAGAUGAUUCACAACUUGUUCUAAGAAACACGGUGCUCAUACAAAGAGAAGCUUUCCUCGGGUCGCAAGAGUCGCGCUGAAGACGCCGGACGAGCAGGAGGUAAAAAACUCUUCUCGUAAGAAACUCUUCUGUCUCGAAAGAGCCAGAAACCUCGAAAUAUGUACAUAUUCAACGCGAUAAAUUCGCGUACGAAGGACGAAGGUAUGAUCUCGUGACGAAAACACCGUCACAGACCGAUCUUAGACGAGGGCAGAGACGAAUCGGCAGACGCGCGCGCGCACCCGUUCUCCUUGUCCCUUGUCAAAAGCGCAUUUCUUCACGAGACAGUGUGCAAACACAUAUCAGAGUCCACGACUCAAUAUAAAAAAAUGAUUCGCCGUGCCAUUCAGACGCGAGUUCAUCAAACGAGCGGACGACUCUACUUUGACUAUUCUCUCUCCGUGAGAGCCGAUUGUGGCGAUGAAAACGAGAUGUGAAAAUAGCUUCAGCGCGCUCUUGUUACUUGCUCGCUUUGAUAAUAUAAUGUUACGAUUUUAAGCUCCUUUUGCGUAUAACGUGGGCGCAGUGUGCCCGCAAUGACGCUACGACUGAAUCAUUAAAACAAUCGUAGUAUCGAAUCAAA